AUGGCAAUCGCUACUACGCCUCUUACUCUUCCUUGCAACCUUAAACUCCCAAAACACUUUCACACCCACAGAACGCCACAGAUAAGGCUAAAAUCAACCCAUAAUCUCAAAAAUCAGUCAUUUUCCUUAUUGCCCACUUCGUUUUCUUUGCCAAAAGUUGGACAAAUUUCGACAAAAUCAAGAAUUGUUACUGGCGCUUAUGUUUCCGGCCCAGCUUACAAAAUUCAGUCAUUUUCCUUAUUGCCCACUUCGUUUUCUUUGCCAAAAGUUGGACAAAUUUCGACAAAAUCAAGAAUUGUUUCCGGCGCUUAUGUGUCCGGCCCAGCUUUCGACGCAAGUUCGACAGAACAUGAGCCGAAAAUCGACGAUUUGGGCGGAGUUGAGAUUGAAGAAUCGCAACCAAUUGAUGUGAUAAACUGGGGCUUGUUGUGGAAGCUGAUUUCACGGCACAAAUUGAGACUCGCGGCUUCGAUUCUUAGUCUUAUGUGUUGCACAGCUAGCACUCUCUCCAUGCCCAUAUAUUCCGGAAGAUUUUUCGAAGUACUCAUUGGGGCGAGACCAGCGCCUCUUUGGCAAGUGGUUAGCAAAUUGGGAAUUUUAUACACAUUGGAGGCAAUUUGUACAAUCAUUUUUGUGAUAAACAUGAAUAUCAUGUGGGAGAAGGUUAUGUCUAGCUUAAGAGCUCAAAUAUUUCAAAGGGUGUUGAUUCAAAAGAUGGAGUUUUUUGAUCGAUACAAGGUUGGUGAACUAACGGCUUUAUUGACAUCUGAUUUGGGCUCUUUGAAAAGCAUUGUCAGCGAAAAUAUAUCAAGAGAUCGUGGCUUCAGGGCACUAUCUGAGGUCAUCGGGACUAUGUGCUUGCUUUUUGUUUUGUCCGCCCAACUUGCACCAAUUUUGGGCCUUCUCAUGCUUACAGUAUCAUUUUUAGUUGCUGUGUACAAAAGAACUACUGUGAACGUAUUUAAAGCUCAUGGAUCAGUCCAAGCCUCCAUAGCUGAUUGUGUAACCGAAACAUUUGCUGCUAUACGUACUGUAAGAUCAUUUGGGGGAGAAAAACGUCAAAUGUCAAUUUUUGGUCGCCAGGUCUUGGAGUAUGAGAACAGUGGCAUAAAGCUUGGGACUUUUAAGUCCCUCAAUGAAUCACUGACAAGAGUUGCUGUUUAUGUUUCUUUGGUUGCCUUGUAUAGUCUCGGAGGAAGUAAAGUAAAAGCUGGUGAACUUGCAGUGGGUACCAUGGUUUCCUUCAUUGGAUACACUUUUACGUUAACAUUUGCUGUUCAAGGAGUGGUGAACACCUUUGGAGAUCUUCGUGGGGCCUUUGCUGCUACUGAAAGAAUUAACUCUGUUUUAUCUGGUGCUGAAAUUGAUGAUGCUCUAGCUUAUGCUUUAGAAAAGGACUUAAAGCGAAACCAAGUACAUGACAAAAAUCUUGAAGCUCUUUUGGUCAAUGGUUCUAAUGGGACAAUGCGAACUUGGAAUACAGGGUACAUGUCUUCCUUGAAAUCAGCUACCCAUUUGCGUAGCCUUGCACAGACUUGUGAUAUUUGCCUUGAAGACGUGUAUUUCUCUUAUCCAUUGAGACCUGAUGUAGAAAUCCUACAAGGUCUUGAUCUAACUUUGAAAUGUGGAACUGUUACUGCUCUAGUGGGCCCAAGUGGUGCAGGAAAGAGUACAAUAGUACAGCUUUUAGCUCGUUUUUAUGAGCCAACCGGAGGCCGCAUAACUGUUGCUGGAGAGGAUUUGCGGAUAUUUGAUAAAAGUGAAUGGGCUCGAGCAGUUUCCAUAGUGAAUCAAGAACCUGUUCUGUUCUCUGUGUCUGUUGGGGAAAAUAUUGCUUAUGGGCUCCCAGAUGAAUAUGUUUCCAGAGAUGAUGUGAUAAAGGCUGCUAAAGCAGCAAAUGCUCAUGAUUUUAUAAUUUCAUUGCCACAGGGUUAUGACACACUAGUUGGUGAGCGUGGGGGUUUGUUAAGUGGAGGGCAGAGACAGAGAAUUGCCAUAGCCAGAGCUCUGCUUAAGAAUGCUCCAAUCUUGAUUCUUGAUGAGGCUACUAGUGCUUUGGAUACCGUAAGCGAGCGUCUGGUUCAGGAUGCUUUGAAUCGUCUAAUGAAGGGAAGAACAACGUUGGUGAUUGCUCACAGAUUGAGCACAGUUCAGAAUGCAAAUCAAAUUGCUCUGUGUUCUGAUGGGAAAGUUUCAGAGUUGGGGACACAUUUCGAGUUGUUAGAAAAGAAGGCAACUGCUUCUGAAGUGCAAAAGGGUUCGAUUUUGCAAUGUCAGUGGGCAGUUGCUAAAGAAUUCAUCUCCAUUCAUUCUUCCAGGGAAUUCAUGUUGAUUACUGAAUAUUCAUUUCAAAUGGUAAACUCUGUUGCCUUAAGUUCUUUGGGUCUCCUCAAGUAUGGUUCAAUUCCAAGUCCAGCCAUUUCCCAUGGUAGGUGGGUAAAAAGCAUUUCGGGACCAUCUGCGUCAUUUAGAAUCCGAGCAGUACAAGAGAAUGAAGGGCCUCGACGUUUGGUUGAUAUUAUACGAAUUAUACCUGAUAUAUCGAGGAAUUACUUCAGAAGUCCUUCCCGGAGGGCACUUUUUGGAGGUAUAUCUUUAUUGGGUGGCUUUUACGUGGCACAAACAAUAUCUCUAUCUUUUGGAGCUUUAGGUGUUAAUGACGUAAUUGCUGCGGUUUUGUGUGUUCUAAUCACGGACACACCUAAUCGCUACCAUUCGGGCUUUCACAUCUUCCAAAGGAAUGAACGAUGA